AUGACGAUAUCGAUUAUCAUCGGCGCUGAACAACAAACGUCUAUCACGGCAAGACUCCAAGUUGCAAAUCGAAUACUCGAUGUCCUAGAAAGUUACCGUCUUCGACAUCGUGAUGGUACCUCUGACCGUAAUGAUGAAGGCAGAAAACGGUUUCUCCCUAUAGUCAUGCGAAAAGUAGAAUAUUUCCAACCCAUCCACAUGGUUCUUCCUGCAUUCCCCUUCAAAUCUCCAAAUAAUGAUUCCAAGGUUCUGGGUACCAUCCCUGAUAAAGGAGAAGAGAUAGCCCUUGCUCAUUUAGAUGGAUUGUGUAAAAGUAUUGAGGAUAUCUAUAACCCAGGGGCACAAGUCACUAUCGCUUCUGAUGGAAUCGUAUACAAUGGUAACUCCCAAAAUACCAUUGAUGAACAGACCUAUGAGAUUAACGCUGAGAUAGACUUACUGGGAGUUUCUGAUCGUGAUGUUUGGAUAUAUGGACAAACACUUCGAAAGAUUUCUGAAAGUUCUGGCUUCAACCACAUCCGUUUCAUUCCACUUCGGGAUCUGCUCGGACUGGACCUUUCCGAACCAGUUAGCGAGGAGACAUAUGUAGCUCAAGCCCAAAACUUCCGGGAUAAAAUGAGCCAACUUUAUACUCCGGCAGGAUUUGACAUUCGUCAGGAGAUCUUGAAGAAUGAGGAUGCGGCGGCGACGUACAGAGGUUAUAUCAAGUUUCUCAGUAAGGACUUGGCAAAUACAAAGACGUAUGAAACCAAAAUAUCAAAAAGUGCUAUCAAAAAGAGGAAUGAGGUGGUUGCACGGAAGAUGAUGGCCCGUGGAAAGGCAUUUGCCGCUGCCGUACAGACUAACCUUAAGGAUUACGUUCGUCUUUCAAUCCAUCCUUCAUCUGGGAGUACUAAAUUUUCAAUCGCUCUCUUUCCUCAUACCAGCCAUAAUAUGACUCCAUGGCAUGCCACGACCCUUUAUGGGCUCAAUGGCUCCGUUACGACAGCUCAUCUCGACAGUCUCAAAACGUCAACAAGCCACGAGCUAGUUUUUAAGGGUGGUGCUCCUUGGUAUUAUCGGGAGAGGUCUGAUCUUUACCAUUGGAGCGAUAUACGUAUAUCAUUUGAACAUUUAUACCCGACUGGUCUACUCAUCACUCCUGUUCCAGGUUUUGACAUUCGAUCAUUCAGUAGUAUCGAUGCGACUAAGCUCAGAUGUUUAGCCGAACAGAACUCACCAGUUAUCCUUCGAGGUUUCACUAAAAUGGAUAUUCGAGUGGUAAUCAAUGAGGUAGCUGAGCCAGUUCCAAUUUCUGAGUGUCAUGGGUUGGAUUUUCAAUCUUCGAAGUAA